AUGAAUUUGAGUACGACGAACGCAUUUCACCUGGCCACACCAAGUCAUUCCAGCUCGUCGGCUGCCUCGUCGUCUUCGUCAGCUACCGUAAUCAAAGAAGAGGUUCGUUGA